CUAGGAAAGACCUGGUAUCGUGGGGCGUAGAGAUUGCAAACCCCAAACCCACGUACAAGAGGAGAUGCGAGUCAACCAAACGGACAAACGGAAACGCCGGCUCUUGCUUGAGUGACGGGAAAGGCAACCAAUGCAGAGGCGAGUUCUCUUUCCAAAAUUCUCCGGCAGCCAAUAGGAUGAACGCAUCAUGGUUGGUUGUCCCCCUAGCCGCUGUGCUGAGCCUGUUGUAGUGAGACAGAGUGGCCAGUGCGGGCGGCGAUGUGACGGAAAGUUGGCUUGUUCUUCAUAGCGGCUACCGCGGCCACCGGAGGUAUCUCCAGGCGGGCAUCAGAGGGACCGAGCCUCCUAGGGAAACUGCUUGCUCUAUUGGGUUCCUCCUCUUAUACUUUCGCUGCUGAUAAGGGAAACCCUCAAUACCAGCCAUGAUCGAGAAGGGAGCAGAAAUAUCGGGCAAAAGAAGGGGCAGGAAUAAUGCUGCCAACAGCAAAAGUUUGGGCACGAAUGUGAAUGGCAGUAACUCGUGGGAGGAAGGCAGCUCGAGCUCUUCAAGCGAUGAUGAACCGGGUGGUGGGGGCAUGCGGGUCGGCCUGCAGUACCAAGCAGUCGUGCCUGAGUUUGACCAGGAAGUUGCCAAGAACUGCCAGGAACGAGAGAAUCUUGGCAUGUUGGUGUGGUCCCCAAAUCAGAAUAUAUCUGAAGCCAAAUUGGAUGAGUAUAUUUCAGUUGCUAAAGAGAAGCACGGCUACAACAUGGAGCAGGCUCUUGGCAUGCUGUUUUGGCAUAAACACAAUAUUGAAAAAUCGUUGGCAGAUUUACUCAACUUUACCCCAUUCCCAGAUGAAUGGACUGUGGAAGACAGGGUUUUAUUUGAGCAGGCUUUCAGCUUCCAUGGGAAAACGUUUCACCGGAUCCAGCAAAUGCUCCCCGAUAAAUCUAUAGCAAGUCUUGUGAAGUUCUACUAUUCAUGGAAAAAGACAAGGUCUAAAACUAGCGUGAUGGAUCGACAUGCUCGCAAACAAAAAAGAGAAAGAGAAGGAAGUGGUGAUGAAAUAGAGGAAACCAAUGGUGCUAAUCCAGUGGAUAUUGAGAUUGAACAGCCAAAAGAAGCAAAGAAAGAGCAGGUUCCAAAAAACGACACCGUUCCUCAUAUAAAAAAAGAGAAGCAUCCAUCGCAAGCAAAGAACCGCGCAAAGAGAAAACCACCAAAUGGCAUGUUUCUUUCCCAAGAAGAUGUUGAAGCUGUAUCAGCAAAUGCAAAUGCUGCUACUACUGUUCUCAGACAGCUAGAUAUGGAACUGGUUUCAAUAAAGAGACAGAUUCAAAAUAUCAAGCAAACCAAUAGCGCCUUCAAGGAAAAACUUCAGGGGGGAAUAGAAGAUUACAGAAUUCAAGAGGUCAGUCAGAAGUUUAAUGCUCGUUGGACAACAGAGGAGCAACUUUUGGCUGUGCAAGCAAUCCGAAUGUAUGGGCGUGAUUUUCAAGCUAUCUCUGAUGUUAUUGGAAAUAAAUCUGUGGUGCAAGUAAAAAAUUUUUUUGUGAAUUACCGGCGUCGCUUCAACAUAGAUCAAGUGUUACAAGAGUGGGAGGCGGAACACGGGAAAACCGAGGAAAAUGGAGACUGUACUGAGAAAGCUGUAAAGUUGCCAGAAACUGCUAUUAAAAUGUCAGAUGAGGAAGAAGAGGCUUCGCUUCUUGACAUCACAUACCCCUCUGCAUCAUGAGGAAAACCAAGAACUAUUAGUGCUGACUACUUAGGUUUCCCAGGUUAUCAGGUAUUCUCAAACCUCAGACAGCCGCCUGCAUCAUGCUUGUGGACAAGCAGCUAUCUACCAAAAAGGCAAAUAAUUCCAGUCCUACUGUACAUCUGCCUUAAUAAUGUCCAGUAUCCACACACUCUUCAUUCUCAUCCACAAAGCCAGAGAUGGAUUUCACUGCUGAGCGUCUCCAGGCUCUGAAGCACGAUGACCUGAAGCCUGUAAAUAACUCUAAUGCUGCUGCCAGUGACUCAGCUGUAUUGAUGCUGUGUGCAUGAACUUGUGAAUUUCCCUUUUUUUCCUUUGGAUGUUGCAUAAUUAGUUUAGCAUUGAGAACUCCCUGUACAUGAAGGGCACCCCUCUUUUUCGCUCUCUCUGACAGUACGCAGUAUAACGUGCAACUGAAGACUUGAGAUUUGGUGAACCUUCCCAUUCAAGAAUGUGCAUUCUGGGAUUUCUGUUCAGUUGUAUCAAUUCUCUAUACUUGCAUUUCAUGUUUCUUGUUGCUGUGACUCGUCAUCUUCCUCUCUUUUCAGCUGUGUUCAAUAUCAUCAGUUUAAGCAUUUGCCUAUGAAAUUUUAGGUUUUUGCUGUAUGCAAGCCAAUUUGUCUACCUAUACUUAAUUAGCAGGAAUGUCCUUGACUGCCACAUCCACAUAAUACAGGAUCUUAUCCUGUGCAGGAUACAGGAGCGAUGUUCUAAUGCAUGCAGGGUCAACAUGCAAACCUCCAGCUAUUCAUGCUGGCAGCUAAGUCACCAAAUGAAGGUCUGUGAUUUAUAAAGAAGUGUUUAUCCCCAGGGAUUAUCAUCCUUUUUUUGUACAAUUGUUGUCAUUAGAUCAGGAGGCCUUAUAGUCUGGUUUACUUGUGCCUUGUAAAGGUAGCCAGUGUCGCCUCGAAUAAAGGCUCUUCUCAGGGGUAUUGCAUCUAGUUUUGCUAGUCAUAGCUAUUAAUGAUAAUUGAUAAGCAGUAGGAAAAUGGAACCCAGAGUAUCCCAGAAUUGUAUUUCUUGCAUUCCUUCAUUCCAUGAACCAGGCAAGGCAAAUUGUUUUCUGAGCCACAGAACGGUCAACCCCCUAGAAGAGAAUAUUCAUAAAUGUUGGCUAAUGUGCAGGGCAUCCAGUUCUGAUUUGUUUUUAAAAUAAGCACCUUUUCCAGCAUAGGUUAGAUAGACACAUACACAACUUGGUACUGACAAACUCCUAUCGAAAGUAGGAUCUCUCAGUAUGAACUAAAAGAACAGCUUAGCGCUGGGUUUUUUUUUUUUUUCCUACCUCAUCCUUUUUUUUCAUCCUUCGACUGGUUUCAUCCAUGGGCCUUCAUCGUUGUAGGGUGAAACAAGGUUAGGCUGUGCUAGGUUUCAAAUCAUGUUCUAUCUGUACUUUUUCCAAGCCACCCUUUCAGUUGUAAGAUAGCAGUAGGUGGUGGCAAUCAUUAGAUGCUGUGAAAUGCGCUGUACUGCAUGCCAAACCAAUCCUUUUAUUAGAUAUUAGUUAUCACUUUAAGCCGCCAAUUAUACAUGCAGAUUACAAUUCCUUUGUGAUGGAAAAAAAUUGGGGGGAGAAAAAACAAUUGACCGUGAAAAUUGCAAACAUUUUCCUGCAAAUACUUUUUUCAAUUUCCUGUUCAAUUUCCUGUCCAUAGUGUGCGUGCUUGUCUUCUAUGUGCCUUCACCCCCUUUACUUGCUAGAACUGCUAGAUACUUUAAUUUAUUAAGCUCGAUUUUUUUUCUUCUAUUUUAUUUUUAGAGCUGUGUUCCAGCAUCCCCCCCUUUUUCAAAGAAUGUUUUUAAUGUAAAUUAAAAUAGAAAAUAUAUGAUUUUAUUUAGUUUUAUUUUACUCACAUUUUGAUGCAUGAAAAUGUAAUUCAUAGGGUGUUGCACCAUUUUAAGGAAUGGAUCCUUUGCUUAAUUAAAAAACAAAAUGGUUUAAA